CCCAAACACAGAUCACGAUCGCAUCAGAGAGGGCAUUCCAUAUUUGCUCGUUGGAAAUUCUGAGCUUCUCAUAGGUCAAUGGUGGUUAUACCUGACGAAACAUGACGACUUUUCUCAACAAUUCGUCCCAUCGCAACUGCCAUUUUGCCCAGCCCGCGGGGAAAGAUGAAUCGACAAACGCAUGUGUGACGUAAAUCCAACGUGCUCUGAAGUCGGGCAGCUUAUGGGUACGGUGACCUCAAAAUAUUACAAAAAGAUCUCGAAACCCGGAAUCCUUCGAGGCUAAUCUUCAGCGAAUUAUUCUUUGUUUACUCAAGAAUAAAGAUUAAGAUUCGACAUGACCGACCAAGUUACCGGUGCUAUCAAACACGCAGUCAUGGGACACCGAAACGACAAGAUCGAUCAGCUCAAGGCCAACAUCGUUGAGCCGAGCGAAAACACUCGAAUUACCUCCGAUUAUGGAGUGAAGCAGAACAACACCGAUCAAUGGCUGCGCAUCAACAGCGAGGACCAAAUUGGUCCCAGUCUUCUCGAGGAUGCUUUUGGACGUGAGAAGAUCCAUCGAUUCGAUCAUGAGCGCAUUCCUGAGCGCGUUGUCCACGCCCGCGGUGCAGGUGCUCACGGCACAUUCAAGCUCUUCGAGUCUGCUGCAGAUGUCACGAAUGCCGGCAUAUUCACCGACACCUCGAGAGAAACACCUGUCUUUGUCCGAUUCUCGACCGUUUUGGGAAGUCGCGGCUCCGCUGACACUGUUCGUGAUGUCCGUGGGUUUGCCGUAAAAUUCUAUGCACAAGAAGGUUUGUGAAUCCCCUCAACAACCAAAGUCCAGGCGCCUUGUGAACAACAGGAAUGCCAGCUCAUUUUCUCCAUUUUACAUGAUGACCUGUCGUCGCCCUCCCCUCGCGCCUUCUGCCCUGUCUAGAAAGCUUGAGUGUUCGGUGUUUGGUUUUCACGGUCUGCGCAACAUGUCAUUACAACAAUACCACAACACCAUCAAGCAUUAUCACCACAUGAAUUGAAAGACUAAUAAAGCGCAGGAAAUUUAGAUAUCGUGGGGAACAAUAUACCUGUUUUCUUUAUCCAGGAUGCAAUGAAGUUUCCGGAUGUGAUUCAUGCAGGAAAGCCUGAGCCGCACAAUGAAGUUCCCCAAGCACAGUCCGCGCACAACAACUUCUGGGAUUUCGUCUGGGGACACUCAGAAGCGACUCACAUGUACAUGUGGGCCAUGUCCGACCGCGCAAUUCCUCGAUCCUACCGCAUGAUGCAAGGUUUUGGCGUCAACACCUACACUCUUAUCAACGACAAGGGCGAGCGCCGAUUUGUCAAGUUCCACUUCACACCUGAGCUCGGAGUCCACUCUCUUGUUUGGGAUGAAGCUCUGAAGCUUGCUGGUCAGGACCCCGACUUCCACCGCAAGGAUCUCCAGGAGGCCAUCGAAAAUGGCGCGUACCCGAGGUGGAAGUUCGGUAUCCAGGUGUUGGAAGAAUCCCAAGAGCAUGAUUUCGACUUCGAUAUUCUUGACGCUACUAAGGUCUGGCCGGAAGACCAGAUUCCCGUCCGCUAUAUCGGAGAGCUCGAGCUUAACCGUGUCGUCGAUGAGUAUUUCACCGAGACCGAGCAGGUCGCGUUCUGUACCAGCCAUCUUGUGCCUGGUGUUGGUCCCUCAGACGAUCCUCUGCUCCAGGGCCGAAACUUCUCUUACCAGGAUACCCAGCUCAGCCGUUUGGGUACCAACUGGGAAGAGCUACCUAUCAACAAGCCUGUUUGCCCAGUGAUGAACUUCAACCGCGAUGGUGCCAUGCGACACACUAUCUCCAAGGGCAAGGUCAACUACUGGCCUAAUCGAUACAGCCACCAGCCCCCUGCUACCGUCCAGGAGGGUGCCUACGUUGACUACCAGCAAAAGAUUGCCGGUAUCAAGCAGCGGGCUCUCAGCAAGAAGUUUAAAGAUCACUUCUCUCAGGCUCAGCUCUUCUACAACUCUCUUUCUGAGAUUGAGAAGGCUCACAUCCAGGCCGCCUUCUCCUUCGAGUUGGACCAUUGCGAUGAAGCUAUCGUCUACGAACGCCUGACUGAGCGUCUCGGUGUAGUUGAUGGAGAGCUUGCAAACACGAUCGCUGAAAUGGUCGGCGGCAAGAAGCCCGUCGAGGCUAAGCCGAAUCCCGGAAAGAAGGCCAAGAACUUGAGUCAGAUGGACUUCCUUCCCAAGACUCCAACUAUCAAGUCUCGCCGUAUUGCCAUCAUCAUAGCUGAUGGCUACGAUCCUGUCGCUUUUAACGCUCUUUAUGGCGCUAUCAAGGCUCAGAGUGCCCUUCCUUUCGUUAUCGCACCUCGCCGAUCUGCUAUCUUCUCCGCCAACGAGGAUUCCUCCUCAUCCAAGGGCAUCGUUCCCGACCACCACCUCGAAGGUCAGCGAAGCACCAUGUUUGACGCUAUCUUUGUUCCUGGCGGUGAAAGGUCUAUUCAGACCCUUUCCAAGAACGGUCGAGCUCUUCACUACAUUCGCGAGGCUUUCGGUCACUUGAAGGCGAUUGGUGGUACUGGUGAGGCUGUUGACUUGAUCAACAAGGCCAUCCAGCUUCCUGAGGUCUCACUCUCUGAGACAGAUGGCAGUGGCGUCGUCGACAGCUAUGGCGUUGUGACUCUGAAGAAUGCUUCGCCUGACAGCCUCAAGGAGAUUGUCACCGUUGCUUCCGAUGCCAAGGGCUUCCUGGAGAAGUUCGUGUACAAUAUCAGCCAGCACCGUAACUGGCAGCGAGAGCUGGAUGGAUUGAGCACUAUGGUGGCAUACUAAUGAUUUAUUGAAAAGAUACCAACUUAUGUAACGAGCCAAUUUGAAUCUUCAGGUCAAUACAUUAAUCACAUGAACUAUCACUCAUACCGUGACAAACUCGAAUUUGUGAAGCUGAGAUAUAUUGUGUUGGCCAAUACCACCAGCAAAUAAUUGUUCCAAGC